UCUACCCAAUAAUGCGAGUGAAGAGAAUAACGAAGCAUCACAUUUAGGGCACCGCUCUCUCUCUUUUGUUACUGGUCUCUGAGGUGGCUUCACGGGCAUUUCCAGAUCCAAUGGUGAAGCCCAUUUUGCUGCACUUGAUUUGCGUAGCUCUGGUUAUUUUGUGUGGUUAUGAGGUGAAAGCAGAGAACCCAUAUAGGUUUUACACAUGGACUGUUACUAAUGGUACUCUUUCUCCUCUGGGUGUGCCCCAACAGGUGAUUCUCAUCAAUGGUCAAUUUCCUGGUCCUAGUCUUGAUGUGGUGACUAAUGACAACAUCGUCCUUAACCUAAUCAACAAGCUGGACCAGCCUUUUCUGCUGACCUGGAAUGGAAUUAAACAGAGGAAAAACUCAUGGCAAGAUGGAGUGCUAGGAACCAAUUGCCCCAUCCCACCAAACUCUAACUACACUUACCAGUUUCAACCCAAGGAUCAGAUAGGCUCAUACACAUAUUUCCCAUCAACACUAUUCCAUAAGGCUGCUGGAGGGUAUGGUGCAUUCAAUGUCUAUUCCAGGCCACGCAUCCCGGUUCCUUAUCCGAACCCUGAUGGUGAUUUCACAUUACUUGUUGGUGAUUGGUAUAAUACCAGUCAUAAGAUUUUACAGCAGACUUUGGACUCGGGGACAUCUCUUCCAUUUCCACACGGAGUUCUUAUAAAUGGCCAAGCUCACGCAACCUUCAGUGGCGACCAAGGUAAAACAUAUAGGUUCAGGAUCUCAAAUGUUGGUCUAUCAACCACUUUGAACUUUAGAAUCCAGGGCCAUACAAUGAAGCUAGUUGAGGUGGAAGGAUCACACACCAUUCAGAACAUUUAUGACACCCUUGAUCUGCAUGUUGGCCAAUCUGUGACUGUACUAGUAACCUUAAAUCAGGCUCCAAAGGACUACUACAUUGUUGCAUCUACACGUUUUACGGAGAAUGUUCUUUCAGCAACUGCAGUGUUACACUACACAAACUCUCACACCCCAGUAUCUGGACCAUUGCCUUCACCGCCUGCUUUACAAUUUCAGUGGUCCAUGGAGCAAGCCAGAACUUACAGGUGGAAUUUGACAGCAAAUGCAGCCAGGCCGAAUCCUCAGGGCUCAUUCCAUUAUGGAAAGAUAACAACGACAAAGUCAAUUGUGCUGGCCACUUCCGCACCUCUGAUAAAUGGGAAGAGGCGUUAUGCAGUUAACGGGGUCUCUUAUAUCAAUGCCGAUACCCCUCUGAAGCUUGCUGAUUAUUUCAACAUCCCUGGAGUUUUCAGCUUAAAUUCCAUCCAAACUGUUCCCUCUGGAGGUGCUGCAACUAUAGCUACCUCCGUCAUGCCAGCAUCCCUCCAUGAUUUUAUUGAAGUUAUUUUUCAAAACAAUGAAGAUGCCAUGCAAUCUUGGCAUCUUGAUGGUUAUGAUUUUUGGGUUGUUGGUUAUGGUUCUGGCCAGUGGGCAGCUGAGAAGAGAGGAACUUACAAUCUGGUUGACGCUCUUACUAGACACACCGCUCAGGUAUACCCAAACUCUUGGACUGCUAUAUUAGUUUCAUUAGACAACCAAGGUAUGUGGAAUGUGAGGUCUGCAAUAUGGGAAAGGCAGUAUCUUGGGCAGCAAUUCUAUCUCAGGGUCUGGAACCCCGUCAAAAGCCUUGCUAACGAAUACGACAUUCCUUCUAAUGCUCUUCUCUGUGGCAAAGCCGCCCGACAUUAGUGCUCCAUACCAAUUUUUUUGUUGGUGAUCCGUAGCUUCUUAUAUUAUAGGCAUGAAGAUGAAGGUAUGACCGCGCAGAACGAUUACUGGUACAGAUGAGAGGAUAAAAGAACAGGAAAAGAGAGAGCAUAGUUUAUUGUUUGGCAUAGAUGGUUGUGUAGAUCUGACAAAUUUGAAGUGUUUUUUCAACAUGUUGUCAUUGCCUUAUAUGACUAUCUUUCAGGUUGAAAUGUUUUUCCCAGAUAACCCAUGAUAUUGCUUACAGAUUCGACUUCCUUUCCCUGAAAGACUAGUAGGCAGCAAGAAUUAAAGCCCAUAUACGCCCAAACUUGGCCCAAUGAGUAUAAUGCAAGUGUAAAUCAGCAAGUGUAAUACUGAGCCCUGUAUGAUGCUUAUUAAUGCUUGCAUGGCAUGGUCUGUUGUUAUUUGUGGGCCGAGAACCCCAACCCAGCCCGCGAAUGUAAAAUGGAUCGAGCCUAGCAUGACCUAUGAGCCCAAUGUUGUGGGCCUGGCUAGACUCAUGGCCCGAACUACACCUAUGGGAAAUAGGCAUAGGUGAAGUAUUAAUCGCUGUUAUGUGGGAUUUGUUUACAAUUUGAUUCCUAGUGAACAAAUAAAUGAAUUAUUCCUCCA